UGUUUCACCUAGUUUAUGUCCGCAAAUUGUAACUUAUGUUUCUGAGUUCUUCUUGAUUAGUUUAGCUUAUUGCUGCUACACUUUUAGAACCGAACAUGGCGAGUCUUGGCCACAUAGCCAGAGAAUCAUCGAACGUCACACGCCUCGCCCAGUUUUACAAAGAGAUAUUUGGAUUUGAAGAGAUCGAAAGUCCUGAUUUUGGAGACCUAAAGGUCAUAUGGCUAAACUUACCAGGUGCUUUUGCAAUGCACAUCAUCCAGAGAAACCCUUCAACAAACCUUCCAGAAGGUCCUUACAGUGCCACCUCUGCGGUUAAGGAUCCUAGCCAUCUCCCAAUGGGUCACCAUAUCUGCUUCUCUGUCUCCAACUUCGACUCUUUCCUUCACUCUCUCAAGGAGAAAGGGAUAGAAACUUUUCAGAAGUCUCUUCCUGAUGGAAAAGUCAAGCAAGUUUUCUUCUUUGAUCCAGAUGGAAACGGAUUAGAGGUAGCAAGUCGAUCUUGAGCCUUGAACCUGAAAUAUGCUUGUGGUGGUAUCACUUAAAUAAAAGUAUGAAUAAUCAGUUUGUUUGGAACAGGAUAAAUAAGGCUGCAUAUGUAAAGUCUCACUCAUGCCUAGGUUUUUUUUUUUUUUUGUGAAUGAAAAUAUGUGCUUUUUUAUGUCUAGGUUUGAUGUUAACUAUUGACAACUUACACUUCAACGCUCAUGUCAUGUGCCUUGAAUGUUGGAAUUAUAUAGUCAUUAAUGAGCUUUUCUUGUC